UGAGAGUCCGAGGAGACGAAAAUGUACCGGCUCGUUCCGUUAAAUAGAGUGUUUACACGAACUAUUUCUUCAGUGACACGCAAACUACAACAUAAAAAAUGUACCCCGGAUCAUUUGUGCAUAAGAUGCUUGUCAAAUUGGUCUGAUAACAGAGGAAAAGAACAUGAUUGGUCAUCAAGAAAUAGAACAUAUGCAGCGGUGGCAGCUACAUCUUUAGCUUCAUUGUACAUGUUGACAAAGACAGGAAGAACAGAAGAGGACCAGUGGUUCUGCUACACAGCUCAGUGUGAAACUAAACAUGUGGUAGCUGGGGUAGUUCCCGGAGCAAAACAAUCAACAUCAGCAACAGAAGAAAGUAAACCCACAGAAUCUACAGAGAAUAAAGGAGAAACCAGUACGCCAGAACCACCGUUUUACAAAUACCUCAUUGUAGGAGCUGGAACCUCCUCUGUGGCAGCUUAUAGGGCAAUUAAAGCACGUGAUCCAAAAGCAAAGGUACUUAUAAUAGGAGAUGAGCCUGAUGUCCCCUACGAGCGUCCUCCUCUGUCUAAAGAGCUGUGGUAUAUUGACAAAAACCUGGCUCAAAACUACAAAUUUGGAAAAGGAAAGAGAGACACUAUUUUCUAUGAACCAAGGCCAUUUUAUCUAGAACCUGAGGCAUUAUUAGAGGCAGAAAAUGGGGGCGUUGGUCUUAUUUCUGGUAAAAAGGUUGUAAAACUUGAUUCUCACAAAAAGAAGGUGUGGUUAAAUGAUGGGUCAGAAAUACUCUAUGACAAAUGUCUCCUAGCUACAGGAGGCCGUCCAAAGAAUCACCCUGUUAUGGAAUCAGCUGAAAAAGAUGUUCAAGAUAGAACUAUUCUUUUCAGAAAUACUUCAGAUUUUACUCGACUUUAUGAAGCCGUAGAGAAUUCUAAAUCAGUUGCCAUCAUAGGUGGUGGAUUUCUUGGAAGUGAACUGGCCUGUGCUCUAGGAUUCAAAGGAUUAAAAGUUCAUCAGAUCAUUCAAGAGAAAGGAAAUCUUGGUACAGUUCUCCCAGAGUAUCUCAGUAAACACACCACAGAUAAAGUUCGUGAGAGUGGCGUGGAUGUGAUUACCAAUCAGACAGUAACAGGGGCACAAUACACUGACAAUCAGGUAGAACUAACUCUGGAAGAUGGGUCAAAGAUCUUGGUGGAUAAUGUUGUGGUAUCUGUGGGAUUAGAGCCCAAUGUGGAUCUGGCCAAGUCCUCCAACUUAGAGGUGGACGAGAAGCAUGGAGGCUUCCGUGUCAAUGCUGAACUAGAGGCUAUGUCUGAUGUGUGGGUGGCAGGUGAUGUUUCAUGUUUUUAUGACAUCAAACUUGGCCGUAGGAGAAUAGAACAUCAUAACCAUGCGUGGGUCAGUGGAAAAUUGGCAGGUGAAAACAUGACUGGGGCUGCCAAAAUGUAUAGAUAUCAGUCUAUAUUUUGGUCAGAUCUGGAACCAUAUGUAUCAUUCCAGGCCAUUGGAAUCAUAGACUCAAAUUUAGAGACAUAUGCAGUUUUUGAAAGACCUCAAGAAAAAAAGAAAAAGAGAAAAAAGAAAUCAAAGGAGAACAGUUCAGCUGUAACAAAUCAGUCAGGAGAAGCUAAAAAGUCACAAGAGACAAAACAAUCAGAGACUAUUAGCAAGGAUCCUAAAUCUACAGUGGUAAAGCCUGAAGAGUUUAAUAAAGGGGUGAUCUUCUACAUCAGGGGUGGAUCCAUUGUUGGUGUUUUGUUGUGGAAUAUUUCAGGGAAAAUAUAUAGAGCAAGACAGGUUCUAAGUGAUGGAUGUAAAGAUGAAGAUUUGUAUGAAGUUGCCAAACUUUUCUUUGCACCAAGGAAGUGUGAAGAAUGAAGACUGUGAUACAUCUUUUAUUGUAGUUAAUGUUUAAUAGAACAAAUAAAAUAGAAAAUAUAUCAUUUUUAAGUA